AUGAAAGGAUUCUUUACCAAUUUUCUUAUUGUAGCCUGGUAUGUGCCAUGUCUAGCUUCACUUGAGACCCUCCAAGAAUUAUGUAGGAAGGAAAAUCUCAGCUGUAAAUCCAUUGGAAUCACCAACAGGAAUCUAAAGAGUUAUGAGGUGGAAUAUUUGUGUGACUACAAGGUAGACGAGGGCACAGAAUACUAUCUUGUGAAAUGGAAAGGAUGGCCAGAAUCUUCAAAUACUUGGGAACCCUUGAAAAAUCUGAAAUGCCCUGUGCUUCUUCAAAACUUUCUCAGUGACCAGAAUGAGUAUUUAUCUCGGGUAAAAGAAGGCAAAGCUCUGAAAGUGAAAAACCAUGUUAAAGCCUUGAAACCUGCAGUUGCAGAUUACAUUGUAAAGAAGGCUAAGCAAAGAAUAGCUCUUCGGAGAUGGAAAGAAGAACUCAACAGGAAAAAGAAUCAUAAAGCAAUGAUUCUUGUAGAAAACACUGUGGAUCUUGAAGGCCCUCCUUUAGACUUUUACUACAUUAAUGAGUAUAAACCUGCCCCAGGAAUAAAUGUAAUAAAUGGAAUAACAACUGGCUGUGAAUGCUCCGACUGUCCUGCUGAGAAAUGCUGUCCAAAGGAGGCUGGAUUUCUUUUGGCUUACAAUAAACAAAAGAAGUUGAAAAUCCAGCCUGGCUUGCCAAUUUAUGAAUGCAAUUCAUAUUGUAGGUGUGGUCCUGACUGUCCUAACAGGAUAGUGCAGAAAGGUACACCGUAUUCUCUGUGCAUCUUCAGAACUAACAAUGGCCGUGGCUGGGGAGUAAAAACCCUCCAGAAGAUUAAAACCAACAGUUUUGUGAUGGAGUAUGUUGGAGAGGUGAUCACAAGUGAGGAAGCAGAGAGACGAGGCCAGCUCUAUGACAACCAGGGCAAUACCUACUUGUUUGAUUUGGACUAUGACUCAGAUGAAUUUACAGUAGAUGCAGCUCGCUAUGGAAAUGUGUCCCACUUUGUGAAUCACAGUUGUGAUCCAAAUCUUCAGGUCUUCAAUGUGUUUAUCGAUAAUCUUGAUCUGCGUCUUCCUCGGAUAGCACUGUUUUCUACAAGAACCAUCAAAGCUGGAGAAGAGUUAACCUUUGAUUAUCAGAUGAAGGGUUCAAUAGAUCUGACUUCAGACUCUGCUGAUGGUCUUAGCCCCUCCAAAAAGAGGAUCCGAACUGUGUGUAAAUGCGGAGCUGUGUGUUGCAGAGGCUAUCUCAACUGAGGCCUGGUGUCCAAAGUUACAAACACCUCGUUCUAUUUUAAAUGGAUUUUAAGAAGACUG